CACCACAAUGUACACGUACACAUGUACUAGCUAGCUAGCUAGCUUGGAAGUCAAGCGUUGUGUGCACUAUAGGAGCGUGUGGAGUGAAAUGGCUGAGAGCCGAGAUGUGUGUCAGAUAUGCUACAGGUCUACUAGUCAUAAAGCCAACCCAACAGUAACACUAGAGUCAAAAUCCACUUACGAUGCCUCAACUAAGAAAAAGAAAUGCAAUGUAUGUAGACAAGGAUGGGCUCCAAUUAAAAUAGCCAAGGACAGUGCCAGUGGAAGAUAUGUCGAGAUCAGAAUACGUCCAAAGAUACCUCCCAACAUCGAUUACCAGUUGUGCAAAAAUUGUCAGUCUAAAAUUGAGUGCCCUAAAGGCUUGGAGUGUUCGUUUGCUCACAGUAAAGCCGAGUUGGCGAUUUGGAAUGCUGAGAGACAGACGGAGCCCCGCCCAGCCCCGCCCAUUAACGGGCCCUAUCAAUAUCAACUUUGUAAGCACAUGAUUAACACAGGGAAUUGUCCCUAUGGGCAACGAUGCACUUUCGCACAUUCUGAAGACGAAUGGAAACAAUGGUUGAGGACGCAGACUGGGGGGGAGACUAACGAACGAGUAAUUACAGGGUUCGGCUACAGUAACCCCCAGCCGACGGUCGGCGGCGUGGUGAAUUCCAUCGACUAUAAAUGUGAUUCGUGUGGUUUAACUUGUACGAGUAUGAAACAACUCGAAGAUCAUUUAUCCGGUUCACGACAUCGACAGAACGUGAAUAAGCCCACGGGGCAAUACCAACAAUAUGCCCCACCUCCUAGGGCCAUCUCUGGCUCCGGACAUUUCAGGCGUCGACCAACUCUAGCAUUUCCGAUAAAUGGCUACAAGAUGUGCCUUCAUAUUCAAGCCGGGCGACGCUGUAUCUAUGGUGAUUUCUGCACAUUCUCCCACACUCAGCUGGAGCUGGAUGAAUGGAACAAGCAGUUGCAAGUAGCCAGUCAGUCACGAGCAUCACCUCAUAUCAACAGGUUCCAGAGCUCAGGUGGUGUCCCCCAGGCGAGUGCGGGGGAGGUUUCAGUCGCUGGUUCUGCCUCAGGGCUUGAUGAUUUUGAAGAGGAGGGACUUCCCCCUGAUAGUGGGGACUUUGGCGCGGCUGUCAGAAAUAAAUUGCUAGAGGAACACAAAAAAGAAACACUAGCGGAACUUGAGACCACAUGUGAGGGUGUGACUAUCUCCGAGGUGUCUGGUCGUGAUCUGUGUCUCCUCUGGUCACAAGCCACGGCCGUGGACUGGGUGUUUGAGAUCACCUCUGCUACUCCGCGUGCUCUUCACUCUGUGACGCUGUUUGACUCAUUUCUGACAGACUAUGACAUCACAGGCGCUUGUCUCAUCACGCCUGGGGGCACACAGAAGCUCAGCGUUCUAUUAAAGAGUGAGAAAGGAGUUGGUAUUCUACUCAAUCAAAAGUUCAAUCCUUCGGACAAAAUUCAACUCAGAGUGACGUUGGUCCCACGCUCGGGCCUCCUGGGUCAGCUGGUAGUGUUUAACUUUGGUUCCUUCACGAUGGUACGUGGUCUGGCUGUUCACGUGCUCACAGAGCAAGAGACAAAGAGCCUCGAUAAUGAUAGGAGGAAGGCUAGACGGAAGCCUGACCUAUUCUGGGAGCAACGUCACGGGGUGAUAUCCAUGGAUCAGUUUAUGGAGGAGACAGAUCGUGACCUGCCGGAGUUCGCCCUCCCGGAGCAAAUAGAGAGAUUCAUUGAGAAGGGCACGUAUCGCAACGUAGAGAAUAGGGUCACCAGAGAGAACUACCAGCGACGUAUGCACAACCUCCUGUACUUGGAGGAGUACAGACAACGCGAAGAUAUGAGCAGAUAUGACCUCUAUGAUAUAGAGGCGACCCCCACUAGGGAUUACUCCACUCUCAACGGCACUACAUUUGCUACCCCUGGCUAUUGCUACCUCAAGCUGCCACUGGAGGAGGCUAUAUUCGAGGGCGGCCGUACUGUGAGGAAAGGAGAUAGUGCGUUGUUGUUGCCCAGCAACCAGCAAGUGGCCCACGAGUGUAAUGUGGAGCACGUUGCUAAGGAAGGAGUAGUACUCAAGAUCACAGACACAGCCAAACAAGCUUGUGUCAAUGCUGGUGGUCGUUGCUCUGUUCGGUUUGUCCUGGGGCGUAUUCACAUGCGCUCCAUGCACCAUGCUGUAGACCAACUGGACCUGGCCACCAUAUUCCCUACCCCUUGUGACGGGAAUACAAUGAAUGAGAGGUCCUCUACUGUCAUGGAGUGUUUGAAGGAGCUCAAGAGGUCAGAGUUGAACCAGAGUCAACAGGAGGCCAUCACUAGCAUGCUGGACCCUGCCUGCACAAGAGUGCCGUCUCUUGUCCUGGGGCCAUUUGGUUGUGGUAAGACUCGUACACUGAAUGAAUGCAUCAAGUUGUUGGCUAGUCAUGUGACGGAGGCUCGGAUCCUCAUCUGUACACACUCCAACAGUGCCGCUAAUCUCUACGUGGAGAGUCUACACAGGGAGUGGAACGAUUGCUACCACAGUCUAGCCCCAAUGUUCAGGGUCUACUACACUGGCAGGAACAUCGCCACCAUUCCACCGAACGUCCGCCUCUACUGCAAGUUUAAUGAGAAAAGUCUUGGUGUGCCCACUGUUGCAUAUCUACAGAGCCACAAGAUCAUCGUGGCAACUCUCAGCACAUCAAGAGCUAUCUUCUUGUCUAAACUGCCUCGAGGCCACUUCACACAUAUCUUCAUUGAUGAGGCUGCUCAGGCUCUAGAGUCCGAGGCCAUCAUCCCACUGUGUCUUGCCACCUCUCGCACUAAGAUAGUGCUGGCGGGGGAUCACAUGCAGAUGGACCCUCCUGUGCACUCCCCCAUAGCACGCAAGUAUGGCCUCCACGUUUCACUACUGGAGAGACUCUACGAUUAUGUGGCCUACGACAGUGGCGUGGGCAUGCUCUGUAAAACACUGCUGACUGAGAACCACCGAUCACACUCACAGAUAUUGGAGCUGCCCUCUAAGUUGUUCUAUAAGAACAAGCUCACUUGUAAAGCUGUGUUCCCUGAGACAGGGCCGAGGGAUUUCCCCCCCAUCAAGUUUGUGGGUGUGACUGGACGGGAGUGUCAGGAUGAAGACUCUCCCUCAUACUACAAUCAAGACGAGGCUCUUAAGAUAGUCGAGCAGGUCAUACUGCUUGUGAAGGGUGGUCUCCAUAUGACUGACAUCUGUGUACUCUCCUACUAUUUUCUUCAAGUCCGUCGCAUCAGAGAUCUACUCAGGAAGAAAGGACUAGGCUCGGUCCAAGUAUUCCGUGUGGACGAUGUCCAGGGGAAGGAGUACCGUGCUCUAUUGAUCUCCACCGUGCGGACAUGCUCCACUGAACCUCCAGCCGAGGAGGAAGCUGGCUUCCUGACGAACCCCAAGAUGUUCAAUACAGCAGUGACUAGAGCCAAGCAAUGGCUGGUGGUGGUGGGUGAGCCCUUCACUCUGUGCACUGUGGGAGAGAAUAGACUCUGUUGGAUGGAGUACAUCCGCUGCUGCCAGCAACUGGGCUCCUUCGAUUACACCAAUGCUGAUCAAUUCAUCGAGGAGUCUUUAGAUUAUAAAAUUGUUGUGCGACAAGUUUUGGAAAAGGCACACAGCACUUUUUUCAGUCCUCACAAGUCUCACACCCCCACACCUGUCACCCCCGCCCCCUCACACCUCACACCCGCCGUCUACAUGGGAGCAACGCCGCAGCAGAAAGUGGAGAUACUGAGGUCAAAGAUCAAGCUGGUGACUCAGAAUGGAGACGAGUCAACUAUCAAGAAAAUCACAGAUGAGCUGCUCAGGAUGAGUGUUGAACAACAGAGUUCAUUGAUAGUCAAGCCAGAGCUCUUCCAGGGCAAAGUCAGGGAGAUAGAGCAAGUAUUCAGAAGAGCUGGUCCCACUGCGGCUAUUCUAAACAGCAAUCGUAUGGAGGCUCCUCUGCUCUCUCAGACCACCACCCCUGUAGGUCAAAGUGCACCUCAGCCGGCACAGGGUUCAGGGUUUAACGGAGCUGUGGGAUCCAACGUACCUAUGGUUGUUCCCAAUGCCAACGGUGGACUAGCUGCUCUUGCAAGUGACCUUCCCCCGUACCUUCGCAGUUCCAUGGAGUCAGUGGUUGUGUAUGCACGGUGGGUGGAUCACAUGAUCCAGUCACCCCUGGUAGCCUCCUCUGAGGUCGUACGUGAGAAUAUUCUACGUCAAAAAGCCAACGUGGGUCAUCAGCUGAGACUAGUCAAUGAGCAGAUAUUCUUGUACAGGGAGGUGGGUAAGCUGAUACAACAGCAGGUACGACCACCACCUCAACCUCAGGGACCACACCCCUUUCAGCCAGUGUCCAAUCACAUGUUUGUUCCCCCUCCCACUACACGCCCGCCCCCACAAUUCCCGCCCCCUCAAUCUUCUCAGUCCUACCAACUGUUCUCCCAACCUCCCUCCAAUCCAGGCAUUCAGACUACCCCUCGUUCAAUGGGGACUGUCCCUACUGGAAACCAUGGCAACUCGGCAUUCUCUUACGGAGUGUCAGCACUUCUCCCAAACCCAACGGAGCAAAAGCAUAGCCAAAAACCUAAGCCUAUUUUCGUGGCUGGCAAAGUGAAGGGUGGGCGAACAAUGAAUACUACAACCCCAUUGGACGCUGCAAUAUCGGCAAGCUCCGCUCCUUCUGUUCAUAGGAGCGAUCAGGAAUUAUACGUCUCAGACGAUGAACUGUUUACUAAUUAAUUUUAAUAAGUAAUUAAUAAUAAUAUUAAUAGCCUCAAGUGCUUUGGAACAUUUUUUGUGGCAAAUUUCCGCACUAGGGAUUUGUCUUACUAUAUAAUUAUUAUCUGUUAUUAUUAUUUUGGUGGUUUUUCUUUUUUGGGGUUUAAUUAAUUUUUAUUGUUGGUAAUGAUCGUUCAUUUCUAUAUUUUGUUUACCACUCUUA